AUGGCACCUAAAUAUGCGCUUUCAGACUCGGAGUCCGAGCCCGAAGCUGAUACGCCCAAUAUACCAUCCGACAAAACCUUGGAACAAGCGCUGCGCGACGAGGUUACUUCCCGCUUCGAAACUGGGAGACGGGAGGAAAUCACCGUGAAGCGAGUGCGAUUGGCCGUUGAGGAGGAGCUGAAGCUCGAGGGGGGAUUCUUUAGAACUACAGGCGAUUGGAAGGCGAAGAGUGAAGAGAUUAUCGUAAACCAAGUGCACCAACAAGAGGCAGGCGAAGACGAAGACGAAGCACCUGAACCAGCGAAAGCCGAAUCACCUCCUCAGCCCAAAAAGUCCGCACCCAAGCGACCCAAAUCCGACAUUGCACCGAAGCCGCGCAAGCGCCAAAAGACAGAAACUCCCGCUUCGGAGGAAGACGAAGAAGAUGAGGAACCUGAACAAUCGGGGGAUGAUAGCGAGGAAGAGGCUCCCAAGCCUAAGCAGCGCACUACGGCACCGUUAAAGAAAACCAAGGCCAAACCGACGAAGCAGGCCUCGCCCGAAACAUCAGAUGCACCCGAUGACGAACCCAAACCUACCGAAGCCAGCGCGGAAGUUACAAAAGAUGAUUCUGAAAGUGAAAUGUCUGUCGUAUUUGAUGAAGAACCAAAGCCAGCACCGAAGCGCCAAAAGACGACCGCACCAAAGGAGAAGAAAAAGGCGGCCCCCAAGGCUAAGGAUGAAGAUACGGACCCGGACCAAGCAGAGAUUAAGCGGCUUCAGGGUUGGCUAGUCAAGUGCGGGAUUCGUAAAAUGUGGUGGCGUGAAUUGCAGCCAUAUGAGACCCCCAAGGCGAAGAUUAAGCAUCUGAAAGGGAUGUUGGAGAAUGCCGGGAUGAAGGGUCGAUAUUCCUUGGACAAGGCUCGGCAGAUCCGGGAUGAGCGCGAGCUCAAAGCAGAUCUGGAGCAGAUUCAACAAGGAGCGAAACACUGGGGUAAAUCCAGCGGGGAUGAAGGAGAGGGUGGUGAUGCUGAAGUUCCUCAACGCCGGGCAGCUCGGGGUCGACAGGCCCUGGCAUUUUUGGAUAGUGAUGGCGAGGAAACCGAUUGA